CUUGUUUGGCCCGGCAGUGAAACCGUGCGCGCACAGUGUCUCCCACAUCCUGUCAGAACGCGAGCACCGUGGAGUCACGCUUGCAAAGGGAGGUCCCGAAGUGCUGCUGCUGCUGCUGCUGCUGCAGGGUGUCGCAAAAACUGGCCCAGGCCAGCCACUGCGUGUGUGUGUCACGGGUUGUCAUGACCAAGAAAAGACUCCCGUCGCCCCGACCCAGCCAGUUAAAAGGUGGUUGUGUCACUUUCUGUGUGUCUUCUCUGUUCACUGCGCAGCAAUGGGAAACCACUUUCCUGUAGUUGACCGUAACAACAGGAAAAUGCCCUUGGGUCAAGAUGGACGCUCAUGGAAAAAGAAAACAGCUGACAUCAAGGAGAUGUAUGACUUUAAAGAGGUUCUUGGGACGGGGGCCUUCUCGGAGGUGGUGCUAGCGGAGGAGAAGAGGACGCAGAAGCUGGUGGCCAUCAAGUGCAUCCCCCGCAAAGCGCUGGAGGGCAAGGAGAACAGCAUCGAGAACGAGAUCGCCGUCCUGCACAAGAUUAAACAUGCCAACAUCGUCUCCCUGGAGGAUAUUUUCGAGAACAAGUCACACCUCUACCUUGUCAUGCAGUUGGUGUCUGGAGGGGAGCUCUUUGACCGGAUCGUGGAGAAAGGAUUCUACACGGAGAAGGACGCCAGCAAACUCAUUCAGCAGAUUCUGGACGCUGUGAAGUACCUCCAUGACAUGGGCAUUGUGCACCGUGACCUCAAGCCCGAGAACCUGCUCUACUACAGCAUGGACGAGGACUCCAAGAUCAUGAUCAGCGACUUUGGCCUGUCCAAGAUCGAGGGCUCAGGCAGCGUCAUGUCAACAGCAUGUGGUACCCCAGGAUAUGUAGCUCCCGAGGUCCUCGCCCAGAAGCCCUACAGCAAGGCAGUGGACUGCUGGUCCAUCGGUGUGAUCGCAUACAUUCUUCUCUGCGGAUAUCCCCCCUUCUACGACGAGAACGACGCCAAGCUGUUUGAGCAGAUCCUCAAGGCAGAGUACGAGUUUGACUCGCCAUACUGGGAUGACAUCUCCGAUUCAGCUAAAGAUUUCAUCGUCCAUCUGAUGGAGAAGGACCCCAGACUCCGCUACACAUGUGAUCAGGCACUUCAGCAUCCCUGGAUCGCCGGAGACACGGCUCUGGACAAGAACAUCCACGAGUCCGUCAGCGCGCAGAUCAAGAAGAACUUUGCCAAGAGCAAGUGGAAGCAAGCCUUCAACGCCACGGCGGUGGUGCGGCACAUGCGGCGGCUGCAGCUGGGCACCAGCCAGGAGGGCGCCAGCCAGACCAGCCUGCCCAGCCCCUGCCACGCCGCCGGCAACCUGCUGCUGCCCGAGCGGGACGAAGAGGAGGAGCAGCAGGAGGACGGCGAGCAGAGCGAGGCCCAGUGUGAGGGAGGCUGUUCGGAGGCGGCGGCAGCUGACGGCUCGGAGUCUGACGGCCUGCAGAACUGCGCGUACCGCUGCCACCCCACCAGCCGCGUGUGAGCCGCGCCCGCGCUGCGCCGUGCCACGCCGCACCGUGCCGCCCCACUGCCAAAAAACACGACCUCAAGACUGUCCCUGUUUCGCAUCACUGGAGCCCGACACUAAAUCCCCAGUCUGGCCAGGAAUAUGGAGUGUUGUUCCAGCGCCCCGCCACCAGGGAGCGCUGCUGUGUAAAGAAUCCAGGGUUUUUGGGGAGGAAAGGGACACUACUAUACGCCAAUGGAGGGAGUCACUUUAAGCCGACGGAGGAGGAGGAGGAGGAGGAGGAGGAGGAGAGUGCUGGCACAUCGUGAGGGGAUGAAGGGAGAGAGAGAGCGAGAGGGAGAAUGGAGGAGGGGUGUUCCUCAGGUGGAUCAUGGGUAAUCUUUGCGAGGUGGACAGAGCUUGGACGUUGUUGUACUCAUCCUUCAAGAAACGCUCUUCUGUCUCCAUCUCCAUAUUUCUAUAUGCAGUGUAGUGUUUUUAAUCUGUUUCUUUUAUUCCCAAACAAAACAAAUGCUCCUUUUCUUUUCUUUUCUUUUCUUUUCUUUUUCUUGUUUCUUUUUUUACUGGCAAAAAAGCCCUGGCUUUUCCCAUGCUCCUCAUGUCAUUGGUUCACUUUUACGUUACUGUAUGAGGGUGGAAGUUCCAAUGCAGACCAGUUGGAGAGUUCAGGGUCUGGAAGUGUGUGGUCAUAUACGAUUUUGCAUGAAUAUGGCCACUUUUACCUAUAGGCUUUCUUAAUCCUCUGAGCACCGAUUGCAUUGAAGUCUCAACCUUAAUUUACAUGGGAAAAGCCAGGCAUUCCAGGCAGGUACGAUACAUGCAUGUAUACAUUCCUCCUCGACACAGUACGUAUGUGUGUGGAACAUGCAUCUCUCAAUGUUGACUCAUGCGAAUGGAUAAAAGAUAGAGUUCUUCCUGUGUCCCCUUCAGGAAAUUUAACAUAUUUGUUCAGCCAUGCUGCACUCUCCUGUGUUGGAGUAUUGUCCUCGCAAUACCUCAUGUGUGUCUCUUUUACAUUUGAACAGAUGAACCAGCUCAGCUUAUCAGAAUCUGCAGUGCCUUCAGGGUUGCAGUAUCAAGUGUACGUGUGUGUCUGUUUUUGUGUCAUUCCAACACAACUGUAGUCUUGUCAAAAAGGCGUCAAAGGCAAAAACAUGCGAAAAGGUCGUUGAAGAGUUUCAUCAAACUUAUCAUUGCUUUUUAUGUCAGUCAGAUGAGGUAAACAUAAACUGUCGUUAUAGAAAUAGCACUACAUAGGCAGUCAGUUCACCUAGGCACUGUAGCAGUCGACAUUUAGCAAGGCAGAUAUGCCCAGUAAAUGCAUCCAUUUCAGUGUCAGCCAAACAUCCUGUUCAUGGGGAUAUUGAUCUUGUCAGACUGUACAUUGUAAUGUAGAACUACACAGAACCAGUGAAUUUCUGAAGGGUUUUGUCUCCUGUCUUACAACCAAACUGUUUGAACUUCGCGCCAAACAUGCUCAUGUUGUAAGCCUUUCAGACAUGUUGCUUUUUUAUGUUCCUUGGUUGAUUGCAUUUUGUUUUUCAUGCUUCUUCUUCUUGCAUCCGUACUCCCAUUCAUGUUUCACACAAUUGGUUGUGUACAGAACAUCAAUUAAAGAAUGUUUGUGUUGUA